UAUUCCGCUUUCUUUUGCUAUGGGGACCUUUCUUCAUCAACUAUAAGAGUGAUUUUUGCGGUUUUUUUUAUCCAAAUUUUUAUCAAAAUAGAAUGAGGAGAUUGAAAAAGUAUGAUACUGGCACAGCCACGCAUUAUAUAACACGUCGUCAGGCACUGAACAAAUUGCAACUCAGCCUCAAUGACUUCCGCCGUUUGUGCAUCAUCAAGGGUAUUUAUCCGAGAGAGCCUAAGAAUCGUCGUAAAGCUCAGCGUGGAGCCUCGGACAUUAAGAUUUUGUAUCAUGCCAAGGACAUACGGUUCCUGCUGCACGAACCAAUUGUAUGGACACUGCGCAAGUAUAAGAUUUUCAAUCGACAGACCGGUCGAGAUCGUGCGCUCAGGGACUUCCGGAAGAUGAAGAAGCGCCUUGAUCGCUAUCCUGAACUGAAGAUUGAUCACAUUGUCAAGGAGCGAUAUCCCACAUUUAUAGACGCUGUAAAGGAUCUCGAUGACUGCUUGACACUCCUCUUCUUAUUUAGCACCUUUCCCUCACUGAAGUACGUACCACGGAGUCAAUCAAAUCUGUGCCGGAGGCUGACAGUGGAAUUUAUGCAUGCUGUGAUUGCCUCGAAGGCACUCCAGAAGGUAUUCAUCUCCAUCAAGGGAUACUAUUUUCAAGCCAACAUCAAAGGACAGCUGGUAACAUGGAUCAUUCCUCACUACUAUCCCUUCAAGGAGCAGCCCAAGGAGGAAGUGGACUUUAAAGUUAUGUCCAUUUUCGUAGAGUUUUACUCGAUAAUGCUGGGCUUUGUAAAUUUCCGCCUCUACCAUGGACUCAAUCUUCACUAUCCACCCCAAAUCCCAACAGCCAUUGCAGAAAUCUCUGAGGAAAGUGCUCAAAAUGAAAAUCUUUUCAUUUCUGAACGAAUUGCUGCUCUCAAUUUGGACAUCUUGAAGACAGCCGCAGCCUCAGAUGGAGAUGGAAAUGAUGAAAAUGUUCUCGAUAUGGAUCUACUCUCCUCUACAUCUGCCCAGUCAGACAAAGUGGACAAAAUGCGGGCUCAAGCAUUGGAAGAGAAGACACUGAAGUCACUCUUUCAAGGGCUCAAAUUUUUCAUCAAUCGUGAGGUACCCAGGGAACCCCUUGUCUUCAUUAUUCGCUGUUUCGGGGGAACAGUAUCUUGGGACAAAGUGCUCUUUCCUGGGGCCACUUUUGAUGAGACAGAUGAGAGUAUUACUCAUCAGAUUGCAGAUAGACCAAAUAUGGACAGGCAAUUUAUCUCAAGGGAUUACAUUCAGCCUCAGUGGGUAUUUGACAGUGUCAAUCGUCGUACGCUCCUGCCCACGAAUCAGUACUUCCUGGGUGUAGAACUGCCACCACAUCUGUCACCCUUCACGUCAGACGAACAGGGCAAUGUCUAUGUUCCUCCUGAGGAGAAGGCUCUCAAGGACCCGGAACUUCCUGAAGAAGACAAAAUCAGCGAGAUCAGCGAAAGUGAGUCUGAUGAGGAUGAAGAUAUGGCAGCAUCUGAAGAGGAAAAGCCACAAGGGCCGAAAGGAAAACGCAAAAAGCUGAAGAAUAAGAAUGAACAGAAUAAAUCCGAGAAGUCCAUAGAUGCCCAGCUUGAGAGAGCAUACUGGCAGGAAAGGCAGGAAGCUGAAGCAGAAGACGAAGAGGAGGAUCCGAAAAGCGCAAAAGAAAAGAAAAAAGAGGAAUUGAAGCAAAAGAUGAUGGUAAAAACUGGUGAGAUCCACAAGGAAGACGCUAAUUUGGCCAAGACGCAAGAGAUUCAGGAGCAACGCCUGCAUGCACGUAUGGUGAAGCCAAGACACCGAAAUCUCUUCCGGAAGCUGCUGAGAGAUAAACUGGGAAAGAACAAGGAGCGCCGUAUUCUCGAGAAUAAGCGUCGUCGUAUCGAUACCGAAAAGAAGCAACAACAGAAAAAGAAACGCAAGGUUGAAAAUUGAUAAAUAAAUUUUCAACUCUGUCUUCUUUUAUUAUCCUAUUACGAAAUUAUAUACAUUGUUAUGCUCAUCAGUUUACAUUCUUCGUCUCAGACUCUGACCUGAGUGUAAAAAAAAAAAUAGGAAAAAAACAAAAAAAUAAAUUAAAAUGAGAAAUUAAUCUUCUAAAUGAAAGAGAUCAAUUUCUCUCAACAA